AUGGACGCCUUCCACCCCUAUGCCAAUAUCUUCGCCAACCCUAAAGGCCCUGGCGAUGCUCGCCCUACUGCUCUUCAAAUCAUUCGCGACAACGACCUCACCAAUAAGUGGUCAGGCAGGGUUAUCCUCAUUACCGGCGGCACGUCUGGUAUGGGUCUCGAGACGGCGCGUGCCCUUCAUACUACCGGUGCCGACAUCUACAUCACGGCUCGAGACUCCGCAAAGGCUAAGACUGUCAUUGAAGAAAUCACCAAAUCAUCUGAGGGAAAUGGCAAGCUUGAGUCUAUCGAAAUGGACAUGAACUCUCUCGACUCAGUCAAAAAAGCCUCGCAGUCAUUUUUGGAAAAGUCUGACAAGCUUAAUGUCCUUAUCAACAAUGCUGGAAUCAUGGCCAUUCCGGAACCCGCCAAGACAGCUGAUGGCUUCGACCAGCAACUUGGUGUAAAUCAUCUCGCACACUUCACACUCACUACCUUGCUUCUUCCCACCCUUAUCCGGAGCAGUACAACCGCCUUCAACUCCCGCGUUGUGGUCCUCACCUCUUCAGGGCAUAGAGCUUCAUCAAUCAACUGGGACGACCCAAACUUCAGCCAAACCGAAUACAACCCUUGGGUCGCGUACGGCCAGUCAAAGACGGCGAACCUCUGGAUGGCGAACUACAUCGACCGCGUCUACGGCCCAAAAGGCGUACACGCUGUUUCCGUUCAGCCCGGCAUCGUCAUGACGGGAUUGCAUGCGCACGUCGACUUGGCGACGGCUUCAUCUUGGCAAUCCGAUGCAGCUGUGGCAGCUGAGGUGAAGACGCCAGCUCAAGGCGCGGCGACUUCUACGUGGGCUGCUACGGCGGACGUCUGGGAAGGAAAGGGAGGAAAGUAUCUUUAUGAUGUCGGAGUCAGUGGUCCAGCAAAGGACUUGGCCUCCAUGGCGGACUUUGGCUACGCGCCUCACGCAUUUGAUGAGGAGGGAGAGAAUAAAUUAUGGAAGUCAAGCGAGACUUUGACUGGUGUUCAGAGUGAACAGUAG